CGCGGCCAAUGUGUCAUCGCUAGCGGGCUACAGAAGGUUGGCCCGACUUCCCCCAGCAAAGAGACGGCGCGCAGGAAAGUAGUGAGAUCGAAACAUCCUGUAAAAUAGGACUAACUUAAAACAAAUGCAAUAUACGGAAUUUCAGUAUUGUUUUGUCGGUGAAAAUCAACAUAAGAGCACAUAGCAAGCUAUUUGGCUGAAAUAUUGUGCUUGCUACAGCAAGCUUGCAAACACUUGAGAGUAUUCAAAUUAAGGAGCGCGUCGACGUCGGCCUGGUCAAUUUGGCUAGCCAGGUAGCUUACAGAGCUAGACCUAUCUUGAAGUUAUCGACUGCAGGACAAGCAACAUAAGAGGAAUGAGUGAUGACCUCUGUUGUGGUGGCAGACGGUGGAGGGAAUAUGGUGGAAUACGUCACUGUCAUGGAAGAGACUGAGCAGAGUCAGGAGAACCUCUGUGAGGAGGGGGAGGUGGUGCAGGAGAUAGUGGAGACUGUAAUAGGGGAGGAUGGGGAGGAGUAUCCUGCUGUGGUGGUGGAAGAGGUGCCCAGUGCCCAGUUGGAGCAGUGCUACGCUGCCCAGGUGUUGGUCUACGAUGACGGGACCUAUCUGAUGCAGGACGUGGGAGACGAGCAGGAGGUGGUCACCGAGGUAGUGGAGACAGAGGUGUCGUCACACGGGGGCAUGGUGUGCUUUGAUAAGACCUUCGAGGCGGCCGAGGCCCUUCUUCACAUGGACUCCCCCAGCAGUUUCCAUGGAGACCGCAACAACACAGUGGAGGAUGUGAUGAUGGAGACGGUGGUGGAGGUGUCUACAGAGUGUGAGCCCAUAGAAGAGGACAGCUUCCCUAUACCCCCCGACUAUGAGCCUCCGUCUGCCAAGAAGAAGAAAGGGGGACGGAAGCCGAAGACGCAACAGCCUCAGCCUGACACCAACGGCAACAUUGACCUGGGGAUCAGGCAGAGACCCAGAGAGGGAAAAGGGAGCACCACCUACCUAUGGGAGUUCCUGUUGGAUCUCCUCCAGGAUAAGAACACCUGUCCCAGGUACAUCAAGUGGAUGCAGCGGGACAAGGGCAUCUUCAAGCUGGUCGACUCCAAGGCCGUGUCCAAGCUGUGGGGCAAACACAAGAACAAACCUGACAUGAACUAUGAAACCAUGGGCAGGGCACUCCGGUAUUACUACCAGAGGGGGAUCCUAGCCAAGGUGGCGGGCCAGAGGCUAGCCUACCAGUUUAAAGACAUGCCCAAGAACAUCAGGGUGAUCGACGAUGACAGGGAGGAGGAGGAGGGAGAGGGGGAACCCUCUGAGCACCACCAGACACUGAUUAUUGACCCUGCCACCUCCACCCAGACACAGCAGAGCUACGUCACCGUCAUACCCACCUCGUCCGGCAACAGGACCAUGCGUUUGGCCAUGCCCAUGGUCAUGACGACGACACUGGGUCAGAUGACCCUCAACUCCUCCACCGUCUUCACCACCCAGGCUCCCAUCACCCUGGGCAACGCCCACGCUGGCGGGCCCAAGCUGGUGAUCCAGACCCUGCCUGCCAUGAUGCCCGCCGGGGCCAAGAGCGGAGAGAAGAUCACCAUCAUCACCAUCCCGGCGGCCCAGCUAGCUCAGCUAACGCAGGGCAACCUUUCAGCCCAGCUCUCAGGCCAGCUAGCUCAGCUCAUACAGGCUAAACCAGUCACCCAGCUGGUGCAGGCUAAACCAGUCACCCAGCUGGUGCAGGCUAAACCAGUCACCCAGCUGGUGCAGGCUAAACCAGUCACCCAGCUGGUGCAGGCUAAACCAGUCACCCAGCUGGUGCAGGCUAAACCAGUCACCCAGCUGGUGCAGGCUAAACCAGUCACCCAGCUGGUGCAGGCUAAACCAGCCCCUCCACUCAUACUGGCAAAGCCUGUGACUGUGACCCAGCAGCCACCUACUGCCUCCCCUGUAGGUAAACUACAGCUCCCUCCCUCCACCACCAUCACAAUCCCUGUAACUACCCCCUCUACACACCCUGAAAAAGAAGCCAUCUCACCCCACACAGCCCUUCCAGAGUCAACUCCUACAGUCAGCACGGAGCUUCCCCAGUCUAGCCCGGGAGACCCCUCUGACUCGGGAGUCGGCACAGAACCCAGUGGACCCUGAAUCUUGAACUCGAGGCCAAGGGGCCCGACAGCUACUGACUCCAUAUUGACCCUGUGUUUUGAAGUGGAGUCUUCCCUUCCCAUCCUCCAAUCACUGGGCAGUGGAGCUGUAGGACCAUACAGAGGAGGAGAGCUCUGAACCUCUGCUAUGGAGCUCCUAGUUACCAGGGAGCUAGUCUUCAAACUGGAGCUGCAGUGCCAUCCCUCCCUCCACAUCAGAAAACCAGGAAAAGAGAUGGGGAUAAAGGGACUUUGUAUACAUAAUACAUAGCUACACUCUCCUACGUAUUGAUUUGGACAGUGAAGCUAAAACGUUUAAUUUGGCUCUCUACUCCAGCAUUUUGUAUUUGUGAUUAAUUAUUUCAUGUGAGGUGACCGUACAGAAUGUCAUAUUUAUUUGAGGGUAUUUUCAUGCAUAUCUUUUUCACCGUUUAUAAAUAAUAAUAAUAAUAAUAUAUGCCAUUUAGCAGACGCUUUUAUCCAAAGCGACUUACAGUCAUGUGUGCAUACAUUCUACGUAUGGGUGGUCCCGGGAAUCGAACCCACUACCCUGGCGUUGCAAGCGCCAUGCUCUACCAACUGAGCUACAGGUCUGCCUGUAAAUAAUCACUAUAUGUAUCUAGUCCCCCAACUUGAAGGUGUUAUACAUAUUUGGUCAAAUUCAGUAGUAUGUGUAUUAAAGUAGUCAAAAGUUUAGUAUUUGGUCCCAUAUUCCUAGCACGCAGUGACACCAAGCUUGUGAUUCUGCAUUUGCACUUUGCUUUGGCUGUGUUUCAGAAUGUUAUGUCCAAUAGAAAUUAAUAGUAAAUAAUGCAUUGUCAUUUUUAAUUUAAAUAUUGCAGAACAUUUCUGAACACAUACCUUAAUCGUGAAUAAGUGAGAGAGUGUGAGUUAGAGGCAUAAAUAUCAUACCCCCCCAAAAAGUGAUGGUGAGAGGUUAGCCUUUCUUGGGGGUCUGAUCUUUGUGCCUCUAGCUUAUCAUUAUUCACAGUUCAUGCAAGAUUAUCAGUAAUUAUGGUAGCAUCCACAUUUAAUGUAGAAGUGUUCACAAACAUAUUCCAUUUGUAUUUUUUUUGUGACUCCAAAAUGACACAUUGUUGUGCCAAACAGAAAUGGUAAAUAGUCUGAAACACAGCCAAAACAAACUGCAAAUGCAUCCAACAAGUUUGUAGAGUUACAAGCUGAUGUAGUCAUUGCAUGCCAGGAAUAUGGAACCAAAUACUAAACUUAUGUAUAUUAAAUACUUAUGAUACCUUUCAAAUGGACUGUUUUCAUUUAACGGUAAAACAUAUGUAGGAAAAUACCCUCAAAACAGGUGACAUUCUGAACGGUCCCCUCAUAUGAAACAUUUAAUUUUAAAUGCUGGAGUAUAGAGCCAAAUUAAAAGUUUUAGCUUCACUGUCCAGAUAAAUAUGUAGGGGAGUGUACAUGCUUUAGAAGCUCUUUGGAUCUCAAACGAUGGGCAAGCCUUAGAUUGUACAUUGAACAUGCUUCUUUUAAUCAAAAACAUAAUAAAGGAAGCCUGAAAGAUUUGUGUAAACUUUUUGAUACUCUUCACAGGUUGCGUACAAUGUAUUCUAAGUUCAAUGCAAGUUUAGUUCUUUUGUCUCGUAGUUGAAAUUUUUGGGUUUUCCUCUGACUGGUUGGUUCCCAUCAUCUGGCUAUGGAAAGUAGUCUAGUCCUCCACAGCACUGUCCCUCCACACUCAAUGUUUUUUGUGUGUUUAUUAUAUAUAUUUUUUACUGUUCAGAAAAGGGAGCGAAAGGAUGUUUGUGUUAAGAAAAGAUAGAUCCAGAUGGUAUAUUCCCACAUUUUGAAGCAUAUGCUAUUUUCAUGUACUCUCAAAGUGUAUUGAUGUAGAUUUUACUGAAGUAUGUAUUAUAUAAAAACAUGAAUUGAAA